GUCUUUAUUUAUCAUCGUAAAAGGUCGCUUUAUAUAUGGGAUUAAAGCAUUUUAUUCAGCUUCCGUUGUAAAUCACUGUAUGUGAGUCACAUAUUAUUUUUCGAUAAUAUUAGGUUCAGAUUUAAAAGAAUGAUACAAAAUGAUAAGAAAGACUAAAAGAUCAGUCUACGAAGCCUUACAAAGAGAGAAGCGAUUAUACUGAUACGAGAAAUAUUCAAGGACAGAAAUAUGAGGAGCAUAUUGACUAUCUGUGUCAUUGUUACUAGCAUAUGGUUUCGAUUACGUUAUGCCAGAGAUAAUGAAAUCCGGCAGGAAUUAGACGAAUGGUUAAGGGAAGUGAAAAUGACAAAAUAUCACUUCAUUUUUACUAGAUAUUGUAAAAGUUUGCCUUUGUGUUUGAGAGAUUUUGAGAUGAAUAGCCUGGAGGCUUACUAUAAUUUAACGGAUGAGGAAAAACGUCGAGUCUUUGAGAACGUUAUGACAAAAAGAGAUAGUGUUAUUUUGAAACACUUCAUAAAGACUAGAAAUUAUUUGUUAAUUAGCUCUAAAGCAAGGCGCAAUUUGUCCUCUUAUGAGUUCAAUGACCAAUUAUUUAUAGAUUUUCUAUUUAACGACUAUUCUACAUCAAAUGUUAAGAGUAAAGUUAUCUUUGGAUUUACUAAUCCAGUCGUUGGAGAGACUCUAAGCUUUACCAUAGAGCUACUCAAGGGUAACGGAUUCGCUUAUCAUUUGCAGGAGCACGAUAAAAUUUCCAUUGAUAUUAUUCUCGGAGAUAUCGUUAUAUCACCUACUCAAAAAAUCCACGGCAAUACUAUCGAAGUAUUAUUUAGCGUUCAUAGAUCUGGUUCAUAUAAAAUAUCUGUAAUGAUUAACAAUAAGCAUAUAUCGUCUAGUCCGUAUUAUUGUUCAUUUAAUCCAAAGUCAAUUAAUAUGGGAAAAUCGAACCUACUAAUGAACAAUAAUAUAACUCAAGUUUGUACAGUCAAUUCAUUAUGGACUAUACAAAUUCAACCUCGUGAUGAAUAUGGUAAUCCAUGUUUCGAUGAUCAAGAAAAUUCAGCCUACCAAAUUGAACUAAAAAACCUAAAUGGACGUACUGAAAAUUUAAGUUUCAGGGUUAUGAGAAAAGAUAAACUGGUAGAAUUAACAUCUAGACCAAAAAUAAGUGGUCCAUUUUGGGUUAAAAUAUCGUAUAAAUCAGAUGUAUUUGCAAAUGGAGAAUUUUGGUUGUUAGUUUUAAAUCAUGUUGAAAGUAAAAGAGUUGAAAAGGAUACCCUGAAAGAGCAUAAUGUGUACUAUGACGGGAAAAUAACUAAAAUUGGAGAUGUUGAUUUAAUUAAACCGAAAAAAAUCUAUAUUUCCCUUUCUCAUAAGCAACUCUCUAUUAAAAAGACAAAAUUACUCCUAUUUCCUAUUAAAUUAUUUACGUUUAGAAUUAAUUCGAGUACGAGAAUAAUUCCCGGCUCGAAUGAAAUUGUGAUUCGAGAUACUAAUGAAAGUUCGGUUACAAUUAAGUCAGAAAAUGCUAAUUAUAUAGCAGCUGCCUUCACUCAUUUUUAUCUUCUUAACACUGGAGGCUCGAAUACGUUUGAAGAGAAGAAAUGUUUCUUUCAUCAUAGUUUAAGGCAGCAAUAUUCAAAAUACUCUCAUACAGGAAUAAAAAUAAGUGUUAAUCGUUUUAAUAUUGUUAACUCAUCCUUAAAAGCACUGAAGAAUUUUUCAAAAGGGGAUUGGUGCAAGAAACUAGAAGUUUCAUUUAAAGGAGAAGCUGGAAUCGACUGCGGAGGACUUCAAAGGGAGUGGUUUGAGCUUUUGUGCAAUCAUAUAUUUAAUCCCGAAUACUCAGUUUACUUUAACCGCCUUGAACCAGAGAAUACUCAAACCUUAAUUCACCCAACAGAUCAGAAACCGCUAAGCAUAUACGAAUUUGCGGGUCGUCUUGUUGGGAAGAGCUUAUAUGAAGCCUCCCUUGGCCCCACAUACACUUUAUAUGUACCCAUUUCAUUCACAAGAUCAUUUCUUGCCAUGAUAUUAGGUCUACAAGUUAGUGUUUCGCAUAUGGAACAUGACUGUCCUGAAUUAUAUCAGACGAAAAUCAAAUAUAUUGCAAAUAAUUAUAUCAGUGACCUGGAUUUGACUUUCUCGGAAGAGGUUAAUUCCACGACAUACGAUCUAAUUGCAAAUGGAAGAAAUAAAUCGGUUAAUGAAUCAAACAAAAGAGAAUAUAUUAAACUCUUAACAUAUUUUAAACUCGAGAGAUUUGUUAAGAGUCAAGUAGAAGAGUUCAUUAAAGGUAUCAAUUAUCUCGUUCCCGAUGAAUUAUUAUCAAUGUUCGACGAGAACGAAUUGGAGAUACUAAUUUGUGGUUCGAGUGACUAUAGUGUUGCCGAUUUAAAAGAAAAUCACACAUUAAAUGGUUCUAGUGCUGAAUUUCGUCAAACAGUAGCCUGGUUCUGGACCAUAUUAUCUGCGUUUACAAAAUCGGAAAUGGCAAGAUUAUUACAAUUUACUACAGGAUGUUCAAAAUUGCCAUCUGGAGGUUUUUCCAAUCUAGUACCAAAGUUUCAAAUAUGCGCUUCCAAUUCAUUUGCUGUUUUACCAACGGCUCAUACGUGUUUUAAUCAGCUUUGUCUACCCGGUUACGAAAGCCUCCAACAGAUGAAACACUGCUUAACUGUUGCUAUAAACGAAGGUUGUCAGGGAUUCGGUCUGGCUUAG